AUGUCCUUCCUCACCUCUGCCCGGGCUAGCUCCCGUCGACUCCUACCAUCGAGCUACUCCCUACCCUCCACCUCUGCAUUCCAUACUAAUGCACCGCGAUGCUCUCUGAAAGAAAGCGAUAAAAACCGCGACGAUCUUCCCGAUCAUUACGAAUCGCAGAAAGAACAGCAGCUGAAGAGCCACAAGGAGGGACAGGGGAAGUGGAACCCCGAUCUAGCCAGCAACAGUGAAGCGGACGUCAAGGCGGAUCGAGGCGAAAUCGAUUCGGUGGAUAAAACUUUCCAGGAGUUGCAGGCGAAGACCAAACAUGUGCCGAAACAGAAGUGA